CAACGAGAGUAGAUGGUACAACCGAGGCUAUGAACCGAUACAACCACAGAACACCUACAACGGUAUUUGUUCAUAGCGCUAACGAAUCCAAUCCGAUCUACGUGUGGAAAAAUUGAAAGUUAUCUAUAUCUCUUUCGGCGAUUGUUGUUGACCUUGCAGUCGAGUACUUAAGUGCUUUUGUGUGUGUUCCGCUGACAAAGUGGCGCUUGUUACUUCAUGCGCAUCCUCAAAAUACCAUUUCCGCCAGUGCACGUUAUGACGCGUCAACAGUGAGCAUGCGUCGCGUUGUCAUUUCGACGGUGGUUUGUGAAGGCUGUCACCAAUAGCGGGUUUUACCACAACCUGUGUACGCGACUCAGCAGGCUUCGACAAAGGCCGUGCGCCGAGUCGUCGCUGUUGUUGCGUCGCAGGUGCGUCGCGUGAGCGGCGAUCCAUGCGUGAAAGAGUGACAGCUGAGAGGACGCCGCUUCUGCCGCUGUUGUUCUGCGUCACUUCUUCAGCGCGUACGCGGCGUGUCGAGGAAUGUUAGUUCUCUCCUGCUGCAGAUAAGCGGCGGCACUCAAUGAUUAACUGUUCGAGUUCUUGACCAGCACAGGCACACGAUGAGCCUUCCAGAGGCAUUAGGGGCUGCCAGCACAGAGGACCUGCUGCCGCUUGCAAGUGUGGCGGGGCCCUCUUUAGAGCAGGAGGCCAACAGCCAGCCAGCGACAGCUGCCACCUCGCAGAAUACCACACCACGGGACACACCACCAUCUACACCAGGCCUGGCACGACGUAUGUCGGGUGUGCCGGCCCUUAAGCUCAACCUUGAUGACACCACUUGGAGCACCGUGCGGCCCCCCAAGGCUGUCGGUGCCACGCACCUUGCGCAGCGCAAGGAAGAACCGAAGCGCUCUGGACUGGCCAAUAAGGCAGCCAAGGCACUGGCUUUGGUCCGCCAAAGUAGGACACCAGAAUUCCGGUUCCGGCUUGUUCUGGCUGUGCUUUUUGUCAGCAUAGUCAGUGUGGUGGUUCUCACAUGGCACCUACACGAGGCAUUCCAGGAAGCCACUCGGCUUUCAACCAAGUCGGACUUUGAUCCUCAGACACGAAGGCUGCGCUUGCUCGAUCGUGGAGGCCGCACCCUUCUUCAGGGAGAGCUCGGCCAGGUGAUCCCUCCAGCACUGGAAGCACACAUCUGCCCUGUGCUGCACCUUGGCUACUGCUACGAGUGGAAGUAUCGGGCUCGCCUCGAGAUGCGUGUGGCACCCAUGCAGGACGAGAUAGCCUGCUAUGAAGUGCACUGGCGGGCUGCAAGUGUUCACACGGAACUGGUGGAUUGUUACGACCUCACCGGUGCCCACUGGUUUGGCAUGGGUGAAGUGGGCAACCUCAGCUGGCCCCUCGCAAAUCUCCAGCUGAACACUAUGGCGUUUGAAACGGGUCGUGCUGACCCACUGGGUUCAGUGCUAGAACCGUACUGGCUGUCAUCACGUGGGGUGUCGAUUCUGGCCAGUCCCAAUCAGGCCCUUAUGUUCAGUUUCAAUGCUUCUGGCAGCGAACGACUGUGCCUCGCCGCAAAGGAGGAGCUAAACUACACACUCUGCACGGGGCCCGACGUUUUGGCCAUCCACAAAGCUUCGGCACCUCACCGUCCAGAGCCCAGCAAUUUCACCGCCGCAGAGGAAGUCUUCGUCAGGCAUCCAGUGCUCGUGCCCAGGCCAGGCGAGGACGGCAAUCUAACGCAGGCAACCGUGCACGAGUAUGCUAACCGAUUUGUGAACCAUGGUUUCAAUGGUGGCUUUGUCUUAAUCCGUGAUGGCUGGCAGUACACUCAGGGCGACCUUGCCUUCUGGAAGGAGGCAUUUCCUCAUCCGGCUGAAAUUGUGCGCAUCCUUCAUAAUAAGGGAAACAAGGUUCUGUUGGACGUGCAUCCCUACUUCUGCCUCAACUCAAUCAACUUCAGGGCUGCUAUGGAUGGAGAGUACCUCCUGGCUGACCAGAGUAAGGUUCCCCUGUUGACUCGCUGGAAUGGCAGCCUGUGUGCUGUGGUCAACCUCUUUGAGGAACGGGCUGCCGACUGGUUUCUGGAGCAGCUUAGAGAACUAAACAGAACGCUUGGAGUAGACGGCUUCGUGUUUCGUGGUGGCCAAGCACGGGCGCUGCCCUAUGGCCAAGGGCGAUGGGCAUCGGCAUUUCUUGGACGCUACCUCAAAGUUGCUGCCCGCAGCAGCCCUCUCCUCGGCACGCCGGGCGGUGCAGGAUUUGUCACUCUGGCUCCACAGCCAUCUACCUGGGCUGCACUGCAGGGUAUUCUGCCCAAGGUUCUGACCUUGGGCCUUUUGGGUCACCGUGUGGUCAGUCCUGGCUGUGUGGGUGGAGACUUGGUGGCCCCUGGGACCAAGCCUGAGAGGGAGCUCUACUUCCGAUGGUGGCAGUUAGCCGUGUUUCUCCCUGUGCUGCAGUUUUCUGUGCUUCCAAGCGACUACAAUGAUGACUUCGAGCUCACAAAGGUAUCAAGAGUGCUAACGCAGUUUCGCAAGACCAGGGUUGAGCCGGCCAUGAAGGAGGCCUUGGAGGAGGCAGCACCCUUGGUGCGACCUCUGUGGUGGCUGGACCCUCGAGAUCACAACACGUAUGGGGCAGGCCACCAGUUUGCACUGGGCAACAACCUCAUAGUAGCUCCGGUAUUAGAACCGGGUCGGAAUUCUGCAUACGUCUACUUGCCCCAGGGCUGGUGGUGCGAGGACCAGAAGUUGCACCGUGGUGGCAAGUGGAUCAGUGUCACUGCACCGCUCGAGAAGGUCACUUACUUUUCACGCUCUGACAAGUGCUAAAAGCCUGGUGACCUGGGGGCAAGGUCCAGGCAUGGCAAUAAGCAUUAACACGGUCAUAUCAUAGUGCUUGUCUUGGUGCUCAACAGAUUGCUGCCUUUGGCAGCAUGGCUCAAGAGGAAGUACAUUCCAUUGUGCACAAGCCUGCGAGGUUGCUAGGUUUCGGGCUAGCUAGGUUUCGGGCUAGCUGGAGUUUGUAGAUUGAAAGAAAGCUAUGCAGCGUAAGUGCCACUUACGAGUCAUUGUCACCAUAUCAUUCACAAAAAAGUGUGAUUAAAUCAGCAUAGUGGCAGCAGAACAUGAGUACUAGCCCUGAGAAGGAACACUGGCGGCGCUGCGGUUGCGGUGAUGUGACGUCACAACAUGGACUCUUCUGCUCCAUCAGCGCUUGUUGCCUUUUUCAGCGCCUGCCGUUGUGGGGAUAAGAGGUGCGCCCGCGACCAUUUCAUGGACAUUCCGCCGUACAGCCACUCCUUUUCUUUUCCCAUGCUCUGGUAACGGCACGUGGCAAUAGAUAGCGCCAUGCGGGGGCGCGGCGCUUGCUUUUGGGGGUUGCGAGAAUCAGCGAGGCCGAGUCACGUGCGCGCCAGAUAGUCUCUCCUUCGUUGGUCGGCGCCUGAUAAGCACGUGUUUCCUUCGUCCGCGUCCCCUUUGGAAACCGCCGGACUGUAGCAUGCCUGGCUGCCUUGACAUCCCCGGCAGGCGUGUUUACCUGAGUGUUAGCUUCGGUACCGUACACUAAGCCAACAGCGGUGCCUAGUGCUUGAAGUGGUCGUACCACACCAAGCCGCACUUGCAUUAGGCCUACGCGUACGAGGUUGCCCUAACUUCAGCGACCAGGCCCAGUGGCCAUCGUGAGAGUGCGCAGCAUAGCCGCAAGAGACCGUUUCCCGACCGGCGUGUCAAAGCUCGCCAUUGCCAGCUGCGACGUGCUCGUGGUUUCUCUUUAUGGUGAACGUCCGUGUGCGGGAGGCCUUGCCCUCCACGUCCUGGGAGCAGACGUACUGUUGUUCGGGGUGCCCCCAAAGGCAAUAAAGUGUUUGUGUAUUUCUGUUAAUCGAAAACUGUCUGUUUUGCCGCGCCGCACUAAACGCUUUGUUAGUUGAGCGCGUGUGGAGCAGUGCGCUACACGUGAGUAUGGUGACCUCGCUACUCACCGUAGCGGACCAUAGCGGAUGAUCACCGCGGGUUCAGGCUUAGCGAGCCACAGGGCCGCGUCUUCCUCACCUGCUCAUUCUUCUGUGCAUGCUGGUGACGACAAUCUAGUAAGUCACCGACCUCUGCACCACCUUGGACUCUGAAGGUAUUCGAAGAUCCGCAAUCGUUAGGCAGCCCGGCUGUGUCCUGCUCCCGGCUGUCGCUGAGAAGCUAUGCUGGCCUUUCCAUCGUGGCUCCUGCACAAGGCCAGCUGUUGCAGACGCUGUGCACUAUUCAACCAAAGCCAGGACGCCUCGCAGCCAGUUGAUUUGGCGACCAUGAUUCCAGCAGAAGGGCCGGCUGUCAUAGCGAGGUCCAUCCAAACCACUACCAGGCGGCGUUCGUCGAACUCGCGGGCCUGUCGUCAACAAUGGCGAGACAAAGGUGAGCUUGUGCCUCGCAUGAGGGCCUCAACCAGUCCUCUCGCCUUGCACUCGCACAUCCACCCGGUCACCCAGCCCAAACAUUACGCUUCCCCUCUGCGCCGUGGAUGCGCUUUUGCGUGAGUAUCAUGAACUCCCGUCACCCCUUUUCUGCGGCGUUAUUGUAUUUCUCAAAUGUAUUGUUUGUUGUUGUUCCAUUUUUUUUCUUCAGCAGCAGUUGCAAAACUCUGCUGAGGCUAGCUAUUACCCAUUGCAUGACGUUUUUGCAUACAUGGGCAACGACCGGCAGCCUUUGCAGACCGGUAUAUAGGAUGAAUUAAGGAGAGAAGAAUGUGAGGAUCUGAAGCGUGCCCGCGACCAUUUCACGGGCGCUCCACCGUACGGCUGCUCCUUUUCUUUUCCCGUGUUCUGGUAACAGUGCGUGGCGAUAGAUUGUUCUCGGGGGCUGCGAAAAUCAGCGAGGACGAGUCACGUGCAUGCCGGAAAGGGUCUCUCCUUCGUUGGUCGGCGCCUGUUAAGCACGUGUUUCCUUCGUCCACGUCCUUUUUGGAAACCAUUGGACUGUAGCCCGCCUGGGUGCCUUGGCAUCCCCGGCAGGCGUGUUUACCUGAGUGAUAGCUUCGGUACCGUACGCUAAGCCAAAAGCGGUGCCUAGUGCUUGAAGUGGUCGCACCACACCAAGCCGCACUUGCAUUAGGCCUACGCGUACAAGGUUGCCUUAACUCUCGCGACCAGGCCCAGUGGCCAUCGUGAGAGUGCGCAGCAUAUCCGCAAGAGACCUUUUCCCGACCGGCGUGUCAAAGCUCACCAUUUCCAGCUGCGACGUGCUCGUGGUUUCUCUUUAUCGUGAACGUCCGCGUGCGGGAGGCCUUGCCCUCCACGUCCUGAAAGCAGACGUACUGUUGUUCGGGGUGCCCCCAAAGGCAAUAAAGUUUUUGUAUAUUUCUGUUAAUCGAACACUGUCUUUCUUGCUGCGCCGCUCUAAAUGCUUUGUUAGUUCAAGCGUGCGCGGAGCGGUGCGCUACACGAAAGUAGGUGACGAAGACGCGGCCCUGUGGCUCACUAAGCCUGAACCCGCGGUGAUCAUCCGCUACGGUGAGUAGCGAGGUCACCACACCGUGUACAUGAUCUUUAGCAAUACAUUGGUGUUUAUUCAUCAAUUAGGUGACGCAAAUUUUUCGACAUACAAGUUACAAGGUUUCACGACUAGUGAAAGUUUUUAAAGCUGCAAGAAGUUUUCAUAAUUUAGCUUUGAAAAGGCAGACCCUGUCCGAACGGAAGAUUUAUUGUGAAGAUUGUGAUGCAGGAGAAGACGUUCAUUGUUUUGAACGUGUACACCACAGAAUGGGUGCUAAAAAAAUAUGCUAAGUGGUACUAACGUUAUCACAACUAAACAUAGACUCCAGGAUUAGAACAUGUCUGUGUUAAAGUAUGAAAAAAUGAAAUUGAUAUGUGUUCAAUUCACUAAAUACAUUGUGCUUUACCGUGCAAGUUAUUUUAUUUAUUUAUUUAUGCCAUACCCACAGUGCCACAUGGCAUUACAGUGGGGGGGGGGGGGGAUGCAAAAAAAAUUCAAAGCAUACAGUUGGCAACAAUCACUAGCAGCAUCAGGAAAACAAAUACAUAUACAAGAAGAUCACGAGUGUACACUAAUGUGCACCAUAGUGAAUCCUUGUGCAAAAAUAAAAAAACAAGAUUGCUAGUAAACAAGAA